ACUCAAACAGGAAGUACCAGUGGCACGCUCAAUACGGAAGUGGUCCGAUGAAGCAGAUGUUAAGCUGCAGGACUGUUUCACUAGCACAGACUAAUAUAUUCUGGGACACAUCUGAAAGCAUCGAGGAAUUUACCACAUCAGUCACCGGCUUCAUUACUAAGUGCAUCAUCGACGACGUCCCCACAGUGAUCGUACGUAUAUAUCCCAACCAGAAGCAAUGGAUUACAGCCAACAUCCACACUGAGCUAAAGGCUAGAGCUGCCGCUUUCUAAGUGGGACACCAGUGGAGGCUGCUGAGGGGAGGGCGGCUCAUAAUAAUGGCUGGGAUGGAUAGAAUGGAAUGGCAUGUAACACACGUAAACCAUGUUUUUGCUGUAUUUGGUACAAUUCCACCUAUUACAAUUCCACCUAUUACACUCCAGCUAUUACCACGAGCCCAUCCUACCCAAUUAAGGUGCCACCAACCUCCUGUGCAGGACACCCUCUGCCCUCUGACGAACAUUCAAACAGGAAAAGCUUCAAUUGAGGACUGAGAUCGAAUCCUACUACACUGGCUCACUCACAAAGCCACAGGGCCAGACGAAUUACCAGGACGCACUGACCAGAUGGCAAGUGUCUUUACUGACAUUUUCCUCCUCUCCCUUACCCAGUCUGUUUCAAGCAGACCACCAGUCGCUGUGCCCAAGAACGCAAAGGUAACCUGUCUGAAUGACUAUCGCCCUGUAGCACUCACAUCUGUAGCCAUGAAAUGCUUUCAAAGUCUGGUCAUGGCUCACAUCAACACCAUCAUCCCAGACACGCUGGAGCCACUCCAAUUUGCAAAGAGCCCCAACAGAUCCACAGAUGUCGCAAUCUUUAUUGCACUCCACACUGCCCUUUCUCACUUGGACAAAAGGAACACCUAUGUGAGAAUGCUGUUCAUUGACUACAGCUCAGCGUUAAACAACAAUGGUGCCCUCCAAGCUCAUCACUAAGAUAAGGAACUUGGGACUGAACACCUCCCUCUACAACUGGAUUCUGUACUCCCUGACAUGAAGCCACCAGGUGGUGAGGGUAGCCAACAACACAUCUGCCACACUGACCUUCAACAAGGGGGCCCCUCAGAGGUGCCUGCUUGGUCUCAUCCUCUAUUCCCUGUCAAAAUUGUUGAUGAGAAAGCAUAUAGGGAGGAGGGCAGUGUGGUGCCAGGACAACAACCUCUGCCUCAACGUCAGCAAGACAAAGGAGCUGAUCGUGGACAACAGGAAAUGGAGGGCCGAGCACUCCCCCAUUCACAUCGACGGGGCUGCAGUGGAGCGGGUUGAGAGCAUCAAGUUCAUCGGUGUCCACAUCACUAAGGAUCUAUAAUGGUCCAAACACACCUACACAGUUGUGAAGAGGGCACAGCAACUCCUCAUCCUCCCCAGGAGACUCAAAAGAUUUGGCAUGGGCCAUCAGAUCCUCAAAAAAGAAAGUAAAACAAUUAAAUAAAGGAUAAAUUAAAAUAAUAAAAGUUAUACAGCUGUACCAUGACUGGCUGCAUCACCGCUUGGUAUGGCAACUGCUUGGCAUCACUGGGAAGGAGCUCCCUGCCAUCCAGGACAUCUAUGCCAGGUGGUGUCAGAAGAGGGCCCUAAAUAAAAGAAAUAAAAAACUCCAGCGCCCAAGUCAUAGACUGCACCAAGUAUGGAACCAACAGGACCCUGAACAGCUUCAACCCCCAAGCAAUAAGACUGCUAAAUAGUUAAAUAGUUAACCAAAUAGCUAUCCGACUAUCUGUAGUGAGCCUUUUUGCAAUAACUUGUUUUGACACAUCAACUCUGUACAGCUACCCCCUGUAUCCAAGUUAUUGUUACUCAUGGUGUAUCUAUUAUUACAUGUAUUAUUGCUUGUUUUACUUUCUCUAGUUUACUUCUCUCUGCAUGUUUGGGAAGUUCCCGUAAAACAAACUUUUCACUGUUAGUCCACACCUGUUGUUUACGAGGCAUGUGAUGAAUGAAAUUAGAUUUGAUGUUGCUGCAUUUGUGGGCGGAGUGCGCGAGCGCUGAAAUCGUUGCGCACCUGUCAACUGGACACUGGGUAGGUGAUGCAAGAUGAUGGCGAGUGUCUUUAAUGUGAUCUGAGUUUGUUUUUCGGCGACUAAUAGGGUAACAGAGUCGCUUAAAGAAGGCAAAAAUAAAUAAUUAAACCAGGGAGUCAUUGAAGGAGUUUGUCGUGGCAGCGUCACAAACUUGGGACCGAAUAACAACAUCAAACCAAAGGGGAAUUCAUGUAAACAAAAUUAAUAACGAUUUUUUUUUUGUCCUCUGCUCUUCAUUGCAACCAACUCAGACGAUUAUUUACUGUACUUUAACCGCGCAAUGGCUUCUCCGGGUGCCACUUCGAGUCCUUUGAGUAUCCUGGCUCCCAAAACGAAGACAAAGAAGAAACAUUUUGUACAGCAGAAAGUGGAGGUGUUCCGAGCCAGUGACCCUGUUCUAAGCGUCCUUAUGUGGGGAGUCAAUCACUCGAUUAAUGACCUGGUCCAGGUGCCUGUCCCCGUCAUGCUGCUUCCUGAUGACUUCAAAGCCAAUACCAAGAUCAAAGUCAACAACCAUCUCUUCAACAAAGAGAAUCUUCCAGGACAUUUCAAGUUCAAAGAGUAUUGUCCACAGGUGUUCCGCAAUCUCCGAGAGCGCUUUGGAAUCGAGGAUCUGGAUUAUCAGCACAUAGUGACGUGUCACGGCAGCACACUGCUGCCUCAGUUUCUGGCCAUGUACCGGGUGACUGUGGAGAGUGAGGACACCUACCUCAUCGUUAUGAGGAACAUGUUCAGCCACAGGCUCAACGUUCACAGGAAGUACGACCUUAAGGGGUCUCUGGUGUCCCGUGAAGCGAGUUUAAAGGAAAAGGAGAAAGAGUUGCCCACGUACAAAGAUGUGGACUUCAGGAAUAACAUGCAGAAGGUUUAUGUGAGUGAGGAGGAGAAGGAGAGGAUCAUGGACAAGCUGAACAGAGACGUGGAGUUCCUGGUGCAUCUGAGGAUCAUGGACUACAGCCUGCUGCUGGGGAUCCACGAUGUGGGCCGGGCGGAGGAGGAGGAGAUGGAGGAGGAGUCGAAUGAUGAUUAUGAUGCGGAGGACGAGGAGGAGGAGGAGGAGGAGAACAGCCUGACUCCUGCUCCUGCUGUGGGCUCCUAUGGCACCUCCCCUGAGGGCAUCGCUGGCUACAUGAACUCCUUUAAACCCCUGGGGCCCGGGGAGUUUGACCCUUAUGUAGACGUCUACGCCAUUCAGAGUGCUGUGGGUGCACCCCAGAGGGAGGUGUACUUCAUGGGUCUGAUUGACGUCCUGACUCACUAUGACACCAAGAAGAAAGCUGCUCAUGCUGCCAAGACCGUCAAACACGGGUCUGGAGCAGAAAUCUCUACUGUUCACCCUGAGCAGUACGCCAAGAGGUUCCGUGAGUUCAUUGCUAAGAUCUUUGCCUAGCUUACCAGAAAACAGCUACAUCUACAGUACCAUGGCCGACUCAAUACGAAAAAACUCCCCAUUUAGUACCUUGUUGUUACAAUUCAUUAUCCAACAGAUACUGUAUUUGAUUCUAAUAUUUAACUACACUGCUUUUUGAUUUCAUUCAUCAAUUCAAGUAGAUGAUUUUGUAUAUAUAUAACUACAGAGCAAAUAUACAGUAUAUUAACUAAGAAAUAUACCGUUUUCUAAAAGCUAUUUAUUUAAUUGAAGUUAAAAAAAAGUUCUAGCUUUGCCACCUGUGGAACACGAGAGAAACAACAUCGUCACAUGCCUCGAGUUCUGGUUGACUGGAAUUUUGGAGACCUGGCAGAGUUCUAUUCGCUGUGGAAGUCUGACAACAGAGUGCGUUUGAAUGGCUUCUGUGACGAUGGGAAGAGAGAGGAUUGUCUUUGUGGCAUGCUCUUCUAGCUGAUUCUCUGACUGGAUGGAGGCACAAAAGGACAGAGUGACCGUAGCGAUGGCUAUUAAUUUAUGGACACACAUACUGAACUGGUAUUUUAGAAAGACUGAUCGAUGUCAUUCUUUGUCUAGAUUUCCUUAAAUCAAAACAAGGUGGAGAAAUGCUUUUAAUUCUUUUGAAAUCACUGAUGUAUCUUAAUAUAUUGGGAGUGGCUUCUUAAUCCGUGAGCGGAUCUUUUAUUUCUGAGGCUCCGUAUCCGUGAGUGCGCAAAUUCUCGCAGUAUGUCUCAUUCAUUUUCUCAUGCCGAACCCAGAUUAGAUACAUGGCUAGUUAAAUCAGAAUUAAAUGGCAAAAAGAUCAUAUUCACAAUGUCACUAAGAAAAAAACAACCACUACAAUGUCAAUGAUUUUGUCAUGAGUUCAGUACCAUUUGCUUGAUUUUGCGGACCCAUGACUAAGGUUUAUCGUCAUUAGCUAGCUAACAUUAGCAUGCUAGUGUUAGCUAGCAAGCUGUAGGCAAGUCCAUUGGAAACUGAUGCAACCCUGGUGGCUAUGUGGCUUGUUAGAUGACCGGUAGUGACAGUGAGGUCCAUAUGAGAGUCAAGGCUCUAAUAAGUGCCAUCGUGCACAGAAAAUACUGUUUGAUGAACUAGCUAAGUUAGCUAACAAGGUAUACCAGUUAUCAUGUUAACUAGCUUUGCAUGCAUGGCAGGACCAGUGUUUUCCAAGAUGGUAGAUCGUCUCGGGUGAUGUGUCAACAUUACAACCUAUGGGACGCAAACAUUCCUGCACAUACACAGGUAUCGGAUUACAAUAAGAAAUAUUUCUCAAUAUAUUGCAUAUUUAGUUCACAAUUUCUCUGACAUUUGGCUUGUAGUUCUUGCACAACAAAGAAGUAGAGACCGUUUUCAGGGACCUACCCAAUCAAAACAAACAGUGAAAUUAUGGUUAGGGAGAAAUCAACCAUACCACCGCUACUAGGUGUCAAUGUAUCCCCACAGAUCAAAUUGAUUUCAACAGUACUUAAUAGAGUCCACUAACUUGCUGCACUGGUGUAAAAAGUCACUAUUGCACAUGAUUUUCAUAUUGACAUAUCUGGGACAUUUUGGAGAACACUUAUGGAUCUGUUAGACACAUACACACAUCUAUGUAUUUUCUCUGUAAAUGGAUUUGCAUUUCUUAGGUGAGGUGGGGCUAACUAAAUAAGAAAUGACAAUCCAGGACAAAUAGAAAUACAGCCUGCUUUGUGAUAUCAAAUGGCUUCUUACAUUUUAAGAUGGGGUAUGCAACCAAGCACACAUGAAACCAUUCAUGAAGACAAAUUAUUUGAAGUACACCCCUGCUGAGUAUAAACAAUAAAAAUGAUUAUAGAUGCCCCAAAAUAGAUUGAAUGGGCUUGUAAUUCACAGUUCGGAUGAAAAAUCAAGUGCAUUUGAUGUAAAUAUAGGUAUACAAGAACAUCUAGUGGUCAGCAGGUUUUUCAUCCUCAGUCACUAGCUGUCAUAAUUGUGUAUCCCUCCUUCACAAGCUUGAUGUUUCCUAUGCAACAAAAAAAAACAUUGAUGCACUAGAAUGCAAUGACGUAGGUAUUUACAUUGCAACAUGUAUUGUCAUUGACUAAAACAAAAUAUAGUUGUAUGAGAAACCGUAACACUUAAAUUAAUAGCCCGGGCGUUUAUUUUCUUAAAUUACUUAACACAACUGCCUUUUUUAUUAGAGACAUGCUUCUAUUUGAGCCAGGCAUCUAUUUCCUUAAUGCACACAGUUUUUGCAAAUUUGCAUAGUUAAUUGUUUAAUUCCAGCAUCCACUUCCAGCAUUUUUAUCAAUUUCUUCAUUUCCUGCACUGUGUUAUCGUUUACAAACGGUGUCACGUUUAUUUUGUGUAAGUAUUCCAAUAUAAAUACAACUUUUUUUUAAACAAACAUUUUCUCCACUUUGCUGUGCAUUUUUGGCAGUUAUUACUUUCGCCACUAGAGACGAUUUCUAGCGGUCUGUGUUCCCAAAGUUGUUGACUGUUUUUGUGCUUGCCAGUUAGCUAGCAGUUCUCAGCUGUUAGCAACCAAUGGCUAGCAGUUUCUUUCUGGUGAUAAAAACAGAUGAUUACCAUCAUUUCUUUGAGACAUUACUGAAUUAUUUAACGUAACGAAUCAAACGUUAAACCUCAAACAAUUAAUGGUAAUCUCAAACAGGCAGUGGUGGAAAAAGUACCCAAUUGUCAAACUUGGGUAAAAGUCAAGAUACAUUUUUAAUAGAAAAUGACUCAGGUGAAAGUCACCCAGUAAAAUAUUACUUGAGUAAAAGUCUAAUAGUAUUUGGUUUUAAAUAUACUUAUAUAUCAAAAGUAAAUAUACUUAACUAUCAAAAGUUAAAGUGUAAAUAAUUUCAAAAUUCCAUACAUUUUUUAUAUGCACACUCACGGAUACGGAGCCUUAGAAAUAAAAGAUCCAGUCACGGAUUAGGAACCACUCGCUAAUAUAAUUUGUGCGAAUUACAUUAAAUGUUUCUUUAAAUCUAUGUUUGAGUUGAUAUCUACUAAAUUAUCUGUGUUACAUUUUCGGAAGUUCUGUCUCCCAUAAAUCCAGAUAUCCUACAGUAAGGUGAGUCACAGUAUUCCCAAAGUUCUUAUCAUAUUUUAUCAGAAAUGUAAUUUAAAGCAUAGACCUAGCAAAUUGUCCAGUGUUAAAUCAACACUGACAGUGUUAAAUUUAACACUGGGCCCGUGCCUACACGGGUCCAUACUUUUCAGUGUUAAAUUAACAUUCAUGGCCAUUUAGCUGUCUUGCUGUUGCUAGCUAAUUUGUCCUGGGAGAAACACUGGGUGUUUUUUUUUAUUACCUGAAAUGCAUACGGUCCUUUUUUUUGAUGGAUCUUUGUAAUUUUGAGUCAUAGAAAAUUGUGUGUUCUCUACUUCGACAAUUAAUCCACAGAUAAAAAGGGAAACCUAGUUUGUUUUCUUUGGUUAAUCUCUUCUCGUUCAUCUUCUUUGGAUUUUAUAUGGCGGUUGGCAACCAAAUUUAACGUGCGUUACCGCUACCAACUGGACUGGAGUGUGGACCUCGUUCAUCUUUCAAUCACCCACGUGGAUAUAUCCUCGUAAAAACGAAUGAGUAUAUAAGAGAGGUGGUACUUGCAACGAGUCAAACGUCUAAAAUAGAAUGGACUCAUAUAACCAAGUUUUAUUUUAGCACCUGGCUACGAAGAUGCCCACGAGCAGUGGGCAUGAAAUUAUUGAAUAUGUGUAAAUCACAGGAGGUUGGUGGCACCUUAAUUGGGGAGAAUGGAUUAUGGUAAUGACUAGAGUGGAAUGGUAUCAAAUACAUCAGGUAUUAUGAUUCCAUUUCCUCCGUUACAGCCAUUAUUAUGAGCCAUUCUUCUCUCAGCAGCCUCCUACAGUGUAUAUUUAUUUUGCAACGCUCGCACACGUAACAUGGCCGGUUUGGUCAGCAUGUAACACAGUAGCGUUAGGAAUAUUAUAAGUGCAAGUUUUGGGGAAUACUAUGGUAUAUAAAUGAACAUUAAAUUCUCUGGCAACAGCUCUGGUGGACAUUCCUGCAGUCAGCAUGCCAAUUGCACACAAACUGUGGCAUUGGGUUGUGUGACAAAACAGCACAUUUUUGUCCUUUUGUUGUCCUGAGCACAAGGUGCACCUGUGUAAUGAUAUUAUUGUUGAAUCAGCUUCUUGAUAUGCCACACCUGUCAGGUGGAUGGAUUAUCUUGGCAAAGGAGAAAUGUUCACUAACAGGGAUAUAAACAAAUUUGUGCACAAUUUGAGAUAAAUAAGCUUUUUGUGCAUAUGGAA